UUUAAAGGACUGAUGCCACGUCGGCGCAAUCCGGAUGCCCCCGUCGCGCCCAAAGCGCCGCGCGUUCGUAAGAAGAAAGUCGAAGCAGACGUGGUUAAGCAGGACUCGACUGUAUACGAACCUCUAAUGCAGUCGAAUGGCAUCAUGGUCGACGAUGCUGGCAUGUAUACACAAGACUUCAGCUUUGCAUUUGGUGCACAACCGACUUUCACGGGACCCGAACAAGCGAAUAGCCCGUACAUGCUGCCACCUCAAAGUAACACGCCACAACCUCCUAUGAUAAUGCGGCAAAUGGCUCCUCCUUCACAAGCCGGUGCGCAAAUGUCUGCUCCUGGACAACCUCAGCCUAUGAAUGCUGUUCCAAGUCCACUGGAAUUUCGCAUCCACGAAAUGAAUCGUCGCCUGUAUAUAUUUAACUCAUCCGGGAUUUGCGAGAAAGACUUUGCUCAGUGGUGGGAUGCAUUUUCCCACGAGUUUUUCGACGAUGAUGCGAAAUUAUGGAUAAAUAUAGUAGAUGAACACAGUCCUCAUUCGGAGAAAUACGUGUUGGGUCGGCAACUUAUACCUCGCUUUUUCCGCUCUUUCUUUGAAAGCAAGAUUCGAGAAAUGUAUUUUGUUAUACGUGGACAGUCUCGCGAGUCACAAACACCUUCUGGAAUGAUACAUUAUGAGAAUCAAGACAUGCUCCAGGUCACAAAACACGACAUUCCCAAUGCAGAGGUGCAAACCAAGUUCAAGCUCUUCAUCGAGUUCACCCCUUACGACGAAAUACUGAAUCACCGGAUACGGACUUGGAGCAUGGAGCUGGAGAGCUGCCAAGAAUUCUUCAUGAAUGAAAUCACGAAGGAGUAUGAGAUUCACCAUCCUGAUGGUAUGGAAAAAUCUUUGCCUUUGACGCGUGUUGGUAUGCCCUUGCAAACCAUGGCAUGCUUAUCGAUGAGUCGCAUCUUGGAGCCUAUGCAAAUGUUGAUGAGUCAAAGCAAAACUUCAGGGCUUUCGCCCAGAGAUGCUAUGACUCGUACGCUGUUUGCUCACCAUACGAAGAUGCAGCAACAACAGCAAAUGGCAAUGCAACAUAUGAACCAACCAUCCAUGUUACCUCCCACAACUGUUGAAGAGCAGAAGCCAAAGCCAGCUCGAAAACGACAACGGAAGACGACUGCAAACAAUAAGAACAAGAAGGCUAAUGCUAGUCCAGCACCGGCAAAUGCCGGUUUUCCGUCCAAUCCUAUGCCUGGCAACUUUUCGUCGAUGGGUUUCCAGGACGUCAUGGUGGUAGGGGAGCCAUCCAUGAUGGGAGGAGACUAUGGUGAAGAGGACGAGCGAACGAUAUCGCGAGUUGAAAAUGCUCAAUACGACCCGAAUGCGCUGCAGCUCCAGAUGCAGUCCAUGGGUCCAAGCGGCCAUAUUGGUGGACCGGGUAUGAGCGGCAUGCAAAGCGGUCCACCUAUGGGUCCUCCAAGUGGGUCACAAAUGAGUGGAAGUGGUCCACUCGUUCCUGGUGGUCCACAAAUGGUACAAGGUGGCGCCAUUGGACCUGGACAAAUGGGUCCAGGAAUGCCUCCAUCUGCCAACCAACAACUCACACAAUUAGGUCAACCGCAAAAUGGCCAUCCACCUCCACAAGGGUACGGAAUUUAUCGGUUAGUUGUUGGUAUAGUGAAAUUCAGCUACAAUUGCCCGUGUGAUUAUGGUUGUGCUAAGGCGCACAGUCGUUGGCAGUUGUGGGACAUUCACGGUGCAGAUCGAAAAAUAAGUGUUUGUUUGAAAUAUUCUGUGUCAUCACCACUACCUAUACUGUGAUGCCAGCAUGUUUGCAAUUUUCUCUUUUUGGCAUUUUUUCACUUUCAUUUGUUACCCUCCUUGUUGCGCUAGCUUCAUGCUGGACGAAAUGCGCAAUUUCGUUCUUUCUGAUUCACUAACUUUUUUUGAAUCCGGCAUUUGCACACUGAUUUACCUUAAUUGUCAUUUAUUCGGUGAAAUGUUCAUGUUUUUCUUUUCUUUUGUUUAACAGAUUGCUUAAACGCAUAUAGGCCAAGAAAUUGAGUUCUAACUCAAUCCAAGUUAUCUCUGUCUUCGCUGUAAGCUAAUGAUAAGCCAUUCUAUUGGUCUCUGCACCUCGCUGUCGUAACCCUCUCGUACUGCACACUCUGAGCGUGGAUCUAACUUAACCCAAAAAACGAGAGAUAAUCUGCCUAUCUAAAUUCACCAGUUGUACAUUCGAUCUCAUUUCGCUGUAUCUGCUCCUUACAUUUUACGAUGUGAUUAUGCUCGAUGUGCUAGCGCAACAGAAAAGCGCUGAAUUGGCUUCUAUCACAUAUAUAGACGAGAUCUGUUUGAAAUAAACUGCAUAAUAAACAUUGUUUUGUUU